AUGUCUUCCCCCAUCAUGAAAGGUGGUGACCACGCCAUGGAACUUUCAUCCUUCCGUCCCCAGCCCGAGAAACAGCUCGCGGAUCCUGCACCGCUGGCAAUGGGCGGGUUUGCGACGACUUUGCUAUCCGUUUCGCUGGCGAUGAUGAAGUUGCGGGGCGUCGAGACACAGACCAUCUUCGCGGGAGACCUUUGCUUCGUCGCUAUGAUCGGCCUUUUGAUUUCGGCGCAGUGGGAGAUGGUUCGUGGGAACACUUUCUCUUAUACUGUUCUUUCUGCUUAUGCGUUGUUCUAUGGAGGUUAUGGCGCUUUGAUGGUCCCGAUUUUCGGCAUCAUCGAUGCGUAUGGGGGGUAUACGCCUGAGUAUUAUAAUGCGCUCGGGUUCUUCGUUCUUCUGUGGGGAGUUUUCAACCUCUUCUUUUUGAUCGCAAGUGUGCGAUUGAACGCGGUCUACAUCAUGAUCUUCGUGUCACUCGAGCUCUGUCUAAUCUUCGAUGCUGCCUCGCAGUUCACUCGCGCCGAUGGCAAGCUGAGCCUCAGCGGUUCCUUCUCUACUGUCGGAGGCGCGUUUGCGUUCAUUGCGAGUAUCUUGGGGUAUUAUACGGUGCUGCACUAUUUGUGCCAGGAUUCACUGCCUUUUACUGUUCACAUGGGGGAUACUUCGAGGUAUUUUGGGAAGGGUUCCCGGGCUCAGAGUAAGGCGGAUCAUCAUCUUGUUUGA